GCAGUGGUCUUCGGGCAAUUCGCCUUCUUCCAGACGGCGCUCAACGACGUCAUCGAAGUCCACGAUGGCCCCAACCAGCACUCCCGGCUCCUCAGCUCCCUCUCGGGCUCUCACACAGGUGAAUCGUUACCGUUAGCUACCACCAACCAGAUUCUCAUCAAAUUCAGUUCCAAGGGUCAAUCUACAGCCAAAGGUUUUCAUUUUGUCUACCAAGCGGUUCCUCGGACCAGUGCCACCCAGUGCAGCUCGGUCCCGGAGCCUCGCUACGGCCGGCGGCUGGGCAGCGAUUUCGCGGUGGGGGCGGUGGUGCGGUUCGAGUGCAGCGCUGGCUACGCGCUCCAGGGCUCCCGGAGCAUCGAGUGCCUCACCAUGCCCGGGGCACUGGCCCAGUGGAACGUUUCGGUACCCACCUGCGUGGUGCCAUGCGGUGGGAAUUUGACUGAACGCAAAGGUACCAUCCUGUCCCCCGGCUUCCCUGAGCCGUACCUGAACAGCCUCAACUGCGUGUGGAAGAUAACGGUCCCCGAAGGAGCAGGGAUUCAGAUACAGGUGAUCAGUUUUGUUACUGAGCAGAACUGGGAUUCCCUAGAAGUGUUCGAUGGAGGAGAUAACACAGCCACCAUGCUGGGAAGUUUCUCUGGAACUACGGUGCCUGCGUUGCUGAACAGCACUUCAAACCAGCUCUAUCUGCAUUUCUAUUCGGAUAUCAGCGUCUCUGCUGCUGGCUUUCACCUGGAAUACAAAACCGUCGGUCUGUCCAGCUGCCCGGAGCCCCCCGUCCCUGGGAACGGCCUGAAGAUCGGCGAGCGCUAUUUAGUGAACGAUGUCGUGUCUUUCCAGUGUGAACCAGGCUACGCGCUUCAGGGCCACUCUCACAUUUCCUGCAUGCCAGGCACUGUCCGCCGCUGGAAUUACCCACCGCCGCUUUGCAUCGCCCAGUGUGGAGGAACAGCAGAAGAGAUGGAAGGAGUGCUCCUGAGCCCAGGGUUUCCAGGAAAUUAUCCAAGCAACCUGGACUGCACGUGGAGGAUAUUGCUGCCAGUGGGGUUUGGUGCUCACAUCCAGUUCCUAAACUUCUCCACUGAGCCGAACCACGACUUUGUGGAAAUCCGCAACGGGCCGUACGACACCAGUAACGUCAUCGGGCGGUUAAGCGGCACCGAAAUCCCGGGCUACCUCCUGUCGACAUCUCAUGAAACCACUGUGUACUUCCACAGCGACCACUCGCAGAACAAGCCGGGCUUCAAGCUGGAGUACCAAGCCUACGAGCUGCAGGAAUCCCCUGACCCUGAACCUUUUGCUAAUGGUGUUGUGAGAGGAGCCGGUUACAACGUUGGCCAGUCCAUCUCUUUUGAGUGCCUGCCUGGCUACCAGCUGAUCGGCCACCCCGUCCUGACCUGUCAGCACGGCACCAACAGGAACUGGGACCACCCGUUGCCCAGGUGUGAAGUGCCUUGUGGGGGAAACGUCACCACCCAAAAUGGUACAGUUUACUCUCCUGGCUUCCCCAACCAGUACCCCAAUUCCCAGGACUGCACUUGGCUUCUUACAGUGCCGGUGGGAUAUGGAAUCCAUCUCAACUUCACUCUGCUGCAAACAGAGCCCUACAACGAUUUCAUCACUGUUUGGGAUGGUCCACAGCAAACAGCCCCACAGCUUGGUGUGUUCACUGGCAACUCUGCGAAGAAAUCAGCCCAAAGCUCUUCCAAUCAGGUCCUGAUGAAAUUCCACAGCGAUGCAGCCAACGGAGGGAUUUUUGCCAUUUAUUUCUACGCCUACCAGCUCUUCAGAUGUCAGCCUCCGACCAUCGUUCCCAAUGCAGAAAUCAUCACUGAGAACGAAGAAUUUAACAUAGGUGACGUAGUGAGGUACAGAUGCCUUCCUGGCUUUACCCUGAUCGGAAGUGAAAUCCUGACCUGCAAACUAGGCACUCACCUCCAGUUUGAAGGACCUCCACCCACGUGUGAAGUGCACUGUCCGAUGAACGAGGUUAUGACAGACUCCACCGGUGUCAUCCUCAGCCAGAGCUUCCUGGGAAGUUACCCUCACUUUCAGACCUGUUCUUGGGUGGUCAAGGUAGAGCCUGGGUAUAACAUCUCCCUCACCAUCGAGUACUUCCUGAGCGAGAAGCAGUACGAUGAGUUUGAAAUCUUUGACGGUCCCUCUGGCCAGAGUCCGCUGCUCCUGUCGCUGAGCGGGAACUACUCUGCCCCUCUGACUGUCACCAGCAGCGGGAACAAAGUCUAUCUCCGUUGGUCCUCUGAUCAUGCCUACAACAGAAAAGGCUUCAAAAUCCGCUACUCUGCUCCUUACUGCAGCCUCCCGCAACCGCCAGCCCACGGGCUGAUUCUCAGCCAGACGGGUCUGCACCCUGGCAGCACGGUCCGCUUUGGCUGCGACACCGGCUACCGUCUCGUUGGCCACAGCACCACCACCUGCGCCCAGCACCCUCCGGGCUACUUCCACUGGAACGAAGCGAUCCCUCUGUGCCAAGCUCUCUCCUGUGGAGUUCCCAGAGCCCCAAGGAACGGAGUCGUCUUUGGCAAGGAGUACACAGUGGGAACGAAAGCCGUGUACCAUUGCAACCAGGGCUUCCAGCUGCAGCCCGGGGAGCAGCCCAGCGCGGAGUGCCUGCAGGCCGGGCAGUGGAGUAACGGCAACCAGCCCCCGCAGUGCGUGGCUGUCACCUGUCCCGAUAUCAACAGCAUCGCGGUUGAGCACGGUCGGUGGCGGCUGACCUACGAGAUCCAGUACCACUACAACGCCCAGCUGAUGCUCAUCUGUGACCCCGGGUACUACUACACAGGCCAGCGGGUCAUCAAGUGCCAAGCCACCGGGACGUGGAGCAUAGGCGAACCGAUGCCGACCUGUAGAAUUAUCUCGUGCGGAGACCUGCCGACCCCACCUAACGGGAACAAGAUCGGGACGCUGACCAGCUACGGGGCCACGGCCAUCUUCUCCUGCAACACUGGCUACACGCUGGUAGGGUCCCGCGUGCGGGAGUGCAUGGCCAACGGACUCUGGAGCGGAGCAGAAGUCAGAUGUCUGGCGGGGCACUGCGGUGUUCCCAGUCCCAUCGUCAACGGGCAGAUCAACGGGGAGAACUACAACUACCGCGGCAGCGUGGUUUAUCAGUGCAACCCCGGCUUCCGCCUCAUCGGGAUGUCGGUGCGGAUCUGCCAGCAGGAUCACCGCUGGUCUGGGAAGACGCCUGUCUGUGUGCCUAUCACUUGCGGCCACCCUGGCAACCCUGCCAAUGGCUUGACCCAAGGGAGUCAGUUCAAUCUGAACGACGUGGCCAAGUUUGUGUGCAACACCGGGUACCGCCUGGAAGGAGCAUCGCAGUCCCAGUGCUUGGCCAACGGCCAGUGGAGCAGCACCCUGCCCGCCUGCCGCGUUGUAAACUGUACUGACCCCGGGCACCUGGAAAACAGCAUCCGUCAAGUGCAGCCAAAUGGUCCUCACAGAUUCAGCUUUGGAACAACUGUCUCGUAUCAGUGCAGCCAUGGAUAUUACUUACUGGGUACACAUGUCCUUACCUGUCAGGGGGAUGGCACUUGGGACCGUGCCCUCCCACAGUGUCUUUUGGUCUCUUGUGGCCACCCCGGCUCCCCACCCCACGCCCAGAUCUCGGGUGACAAGUACACCGUGGGCUCCGUGGUCCGGUACAGCUGCCUCGGGAAGCGGACACUGAUCGGCAACUCCACUCGCAUGUGCCAGCUCGACGGGCGCUGGAGCGGCUCCCCCCCCCCCCCCCCCGGAGGCAGCCAGGGCUUGUGUGGUGACCCGGGGAUCCCCUCUCAUGGCAUUGGGCUGGGAGAUGACUUCGAUGUAGGCAGCGUGGUCAGGUUCAGCUGUGAGCCCGGUUACGUGCUCCGAGGUUCAUCGGAGAGGACCUGCCAAACCAACAGCUCCUGGAGCGGCACGCAGCCGGAGUGUGAAGUUAUAUCCUGUGGAAACCCAGGAACCCCUAGCAACGCGAGGGUUAUAUUUAACGACGGCUUGAUUUUCUCCAGUUCCAUUAUAUAUCAGUGCCGGGAAGGUUAUUACUCCACAGGAGUGCUGAGCAGGCACUGCACGGUGAACGGGACCUGGACUGGGACCAGUCCGGAGUGUACAG